AUGCUCAAUAUUACAGAUGCAAUUCAAAGACAUAAUGAACAUAAAGAGGACUUUCGUUUAGUAAAACAAUAUGAACGGCGUCAAUUAAAAUUAGGUAAACGACUUGCUUAUUUACUUCGAUAUGGAGCAGAAAAAGAAGGUUGUCGAGUUGAUGAAGGUUGGAUUUUCUUACGAGAUCUUAUGAAAGUUUCACUUCUUCGUGAAUAUACAGAAAAUGAAGUACUUGGAGAAAUUCAAACAUCAUAUUCAUAUAGAAAGACACAAAGAUAUCAAUGGGAAAAACGUCCUGAUGGAGUUUAUGUUCGAGCAGCCUAUGGUCGAAGAUUUGAACGAAAUCCAUAUCAUGAACAAACUCAGAUACGUCGUUUAUUAGAUUUAACAUUAGAAUAUAUUUGUGAAAAUGUAGAACAAUUCGAUUUCGAAAAUUUUCCAGAUGAAUUUUUAAUAAAUGAAAUAAUUCAUCGUAUUAAAAGAAAUGGUAAAUUAACUAGUAAAAAAUUACAAAAUUUACUGUCCGAAACAAUGGAACAUUUAGAUCUUGAUGGAAUUUAUUUAACAGAAUCAGGUAUCAGAGCUGUUUAUACAAAAUGUCCAAAUUUAAAAGUAUUGUCGUUAAAAAGUUGUGGUUAUGUACUUAAUGAUCAUUAUAUGGAACAAAUUAUACGAAAAUGUCCAUUAAUUGAAUCUCUUGAUUUAUCAUAUUGUCGACAUUUAACUGAUCGAACUUUGAAUAAUUUAAUAAAAUAUUAUUCGAAAAAUCUACUUCAACUUAUACUUUCUGGUAAUCACAAUUAUACUGGUGAUGCUAUUGUACGUCUUGUAUCUGAAUGUGAACAAUUAAAACAACUCGAUAUAUGGGAUAAUCCGAAUUGUACAAAUGAUAUUCUGAAUAUUUUAAUUACUUUAGCUAAAUCACGCGGAAAUGAUCGAACAAUAACUAUUGUACAUAAAAAUCUUCAACAUCCUGUCGUUGCACCUGAUAAUCCUUGGGCAGUUGUUAAUGCUAAAACAAGAUAA